CAACUGCUUCCACAUCACUGCGCUUUCACCGCGAUGCGGUUCUUACCUGCUUUCCUGGUCUUGUCGACCUUCUUGUCAUCCUCGUUUGCCAUUCCUGCCGGUUCCAGCAUCACUCCGCCGCCGCCGCUCCAACCCGUCAGUCUUCUGCCCCAGUCCCCAGACCCGCGCCGCCCGUGGACCCGGCUCCGCGACUGGGUAAUUGAAUCGGUCUGGGGAAUCGGCCACUCGCAAUGUCAUCAUAAACAUGCAGGACCGCCUGCCACUGUCUGGGAUCGCUACGAGACCGAUGUGGUUCUCCGCUUUCAUCUGCGUCAUCCUGACGAGGCAGCAGCCCUGGCCUCGGCAUCGCAAGUGCUCGUCUUGGAUGUCUGGGCCAUCACUGCAGAAUUCGUGGACAUUAGGCUCUCAGAGGAUAUGAUCCCGUCGCUCCUUGACCUGCUCCCCGUCUCGCUCCGGACAGCCCAUACUCCCUUGAUGGACGACCUCGUUGACAUGAUCUAUGCCACCUACCCGAAUCGCCCUCGUACUGGACUUGGACAUGAUCAUGCGUUCGGAUCCGAUGGAAGACGGACAUCCGCCGUGGGCGACGUCUUCUUCCUCGACUACCAGCCGCUGUCGGUCAUUGUGCAAUGGAUGCGCUUGAUGGCGUCCAUGUUCUCGUCACAUACCCGUUUUACUAGUAUCGGAGUAUCAUACGAGGGUCGUCAGAUCCCGGCGCUGCGGAUCGGCGCAGCCCCCUCGCAAUUUGAACCGUCUCAGCCUCGCAAGACCAUCGUGAUAGUCGGUGGCCUCCAUGCGCGAGAAUGGAUCAGCACGUCUACGGUUCUGUAUGUCGCCUACAGCCUUAUCACCGAGUACGGCCAAUCAAGCGCUGUGACUCGGUUGCUGAACGAGUAUGACUGGGUUCUGAUCCCAACCCUUAACCCGGACGGUUAUGUCUACUCAUGGGAGGUUGAUCGCCUUUGGCGCAAGAAUCGACAGCCGACCGGCCUGUCAAUCUGCCGUGGAGUCGAUCUUGAUCGGGCGUGGGACUUUGAAUGGGAUGGUGAAUCGACUCGCUCCAAUCCGUGCUCGGAGAACUACGCCGGCACAGAGCCCUUUGAUGCGCUUGAGUCCCAGCGACUGGCACACUGGGCACAGAAUGAGACCGAGAGUGGCCGAGCGGAUAUCGUCGGCUUCUUGGACCUGCACUCGUACUCUCAGCAGAUCUUGUAUCCCUAUUCGUACAGUUGCGAGUCGAUUCCUCCCACCCUGGAAAGCCUCGAGGAACUGGCUCUCGGUCUGUCAAAGGCAAUCCGGCAGAGCUCGCGUGAGUCAUACGACGUGACCUCUGCCUGCGAAGGUAUCCUCACUUCGGGAGCAGCUUCCAGUAUGACUGCGGGCGGCAGUGCACUAGACUGGUUCUAUCACAAGCUGCAUGCCACCUAUUCGUACCAGAUCAAGCUGCGCGACCGUGGCAUCUAUGGCUUCCUUCUUCCCUCGGAGCAUAUUGUUCCCACCGGCCAGGAGAUCUUCCAUGCCGUGUUGACGUUUGGAAGGUUUGUCUGGGGUGAGGACAUCAGGGAUAUGGACUCUUCCGACGUACAAACCCCAAUGGGCGAUCAAAAGCCGCUGUCUGAUGUAUAUGAUUUCACUUCAUGA